ACAGGCGGCAUUUGUUUACGACUCAUUUGGCGUUAGUGAUUUGUUGGCUAUUUGCGGCUUCUACAUUUGUUAAAAUCUAAACGUUUUUUUUUUGUACGUUAAACUUUCCGGCCUUAAAAAAUGAGCUUUAACAGACGAGUUUAUUAAGUUUUAAUUUAAUAUAUCUCUGCAAGUUCCACAGCGGCAUGGCAUUUUUUGAAGACUGUAUAAUCGUGUUCGUUUCACAGAUCCUGUUCUUCACCGGAGGAUGGUUAUUUUUUAUGAAACAACUCUUUAAGAACUAUGAAAUACGACACAUUUCCGUGCAACUGAUAUUCUCGGUAUGCUUUGCUCUCUCGCUCACCAUGUUUGAGCUGAUAAUCUUCGAAAUCUUGGGUGUGUUGGAAUCUAGUUCUCGUUAUUUUCAUUGGCGACUCGGAUUAACGCUUUUACUACUGAUGGUAAUUGCGGUCAUACCACUGUACAUCUUAUAUUCCGUAAUACAUAGUCUAUCAUUUGUAUCUGACAAAUGGGUGCGCAUAUUUACGAUACUGAGCUGGUUCGUAUUUCUAUAUGGUCUUUGGAAAAUCGGUGACCCUUUUCCGUUGCUAAGCGUCUCACAUGGAAUUUUCACUAUAGAACAAGGUGUAUCGCGUAUUGGUGUAAUUGGUGUAACCGUGAUGGCAGUAUUGUCUGGGUUUGGUGCGGUUAAUUGUCCCUACCAAAGCAUGACUUAUUUUAUAAAACCAGUUUCACAAAGUGACAUCAUCAAUUUGGAGCGGCGUCUAAUGCUCACAGUGGAUAUGGUUGUGGCGAAAAAGAAGCGUAUAGCUUUAGAAGUUCAUCGUCGAAAAAAAGAAAAUCACAUCAGAAAAGGGUUAUGGAACAUUUUAAGUUCGGCUGUUAAUCGUCUGGACAGCAGCGGUCAAGAUAUUGGACAACUGCGUUUGGAGAUAUACGGUUUGGAAGAGUUAAUGCGGCAGCUUUUUUUGGAAAUUAAUUCAAUGAAAAAUAUGCAAGAACGCCAGAAGUGGUCACAGACGUUGCAGGGGAAAUAUUUUAAUGUUUUAGGUCAUUUUUUCAGCGUUUACUGCGUGUGGAAAAUAUUUAUUUGCACAGUUAAUAUAAUAUUUGAUCGAGUGGGGCGCAAAGAUCCUGUUACACGCGGCCUUGAAAUCGCCGUGCAUUGGUGUGGUUUCGAUAUUGAUCUUGCCUUUUGGAAUCAGCAUAUAUCCUUUUUACUGGUUGGCUGCAUUGUGGUGACGUCCAUUCGUGGUUUGCUGUUGACUCUGACAAAGUUCUUUUAUAGAAUAUCAUCUAGUAAAUCAUCCAAUAUUAUAGUACUAAUUAUGGCCCAAAUAAUGGGUAUGUAUUUCUGCUCAUCAGUUCUACUGAUGCGCAUGAAUUUGCCUGCGGAGUAUCGCGUGAUAAUUACUGAGGUCCUAGGGAGCCUGCAUUUCAAUUUCUAUCAUCGUUGGUUCGAUGUCAUAUUUCUAGUGAGUGCAUUAAGUACCAUAUUGGUUUUAUACCUCUCUCAGAAGCCUAAAUAUGAUGCUAGCAUAGACUAGAUUUUUAUUUUUUGCAGUCUAUAAAGUGAUGUUACAAAGAUUGUAACUAGCACAUGUGUGCUAACAUACAAUACGUGUACUCGUAUUUAGAAAACCAAAAAUAAUUUAAUUGUAAUUUUAUUAAGCUUAGUCUAUUACAUUUAACCGAAUUUGCAAGAACUAUAAACAAUUUUAUAUCUGCAUGUAAUAUAAGGAUUCUUUUUGGUUCUUCCGCAGCGCACAAAAAUUGCGGAUAAUAGAAAAAAAAGUAUUUCAUCACUGCUAACGCAUAUUGCAAUAAAAUAUUCCAUUAUUUUAAAGCAAUUAUACUUUAUUGUAACGAACUGUGUAAUAUUAAAAAUGAAACGAAAGUAAAUAUGUACAUUGGA